AUCCGGGCGGCGUGUGUGCACGUCCAGUGCAAGGCCUAAAUGAGAGCACGGGGCCGGACGGUGCAUGUGCGGAGGGCGCAUUUCUGGCGGCCUGGCGAAGGAGUCCGCGGUUCGCCCAGUGAAGCCUGCGGGACCCUCUGAGCGCGCGUGCGCCCCGUCUGCAAGCGCCGAGAGCGACGGGCGCCCAGCCCACCCCCCAUUUGGAGGAGGAAGUUUGCGUGUGAUGUGCGAUGUGCCCUGCUGAUGCGUUGCUAUGGACUCUACGGAUAACACGGAGGAAAGAGAAGACGAAAAAUGUCCCACCACCUCUCGCGCUGCGACGCCUGACAUCAGCGAGGAUACUUCACUGCCUGACCAAGAGCAAAGCUUCGCGGCGGCCGACUCGAACAGCAGCAGCCCAGCAAAGUCGUUCGUCGCUUGCAAGGUCUGCGGAGACAAGGCGUCCGGCUACCACUACGGCGUCACCUCCUGCGAAGGGUGCAAGGGUUUCUUCCGAAGGAGCAUCCAGAAGCAAAUUGAAUACCGGUGCCUACGGGAUGGCAAGUGCCUGGUGAUCCGGUUAAAUCGUAACCGUUGCCAGUACUGCCGCUUCAAGAAAUGCUUGGCUGUGGGCAUGUCUAGAGACUCGGUGCGGUACGGUCGAGUGCCCAAGCGUUCCAGAGAGCGGGGCGGCUCUUCAGGCCUCUCGGGCGAGGAGGGCCUCUCACUGGGCAGCCCCGGGGAGGCUGACCAGUGUGCACGGGACCUCGAAAGCCAGCAACUCGCCAUGUACGACAUCAUCCUGACCAUCUCCCAAGCACACCACGCCCACUGCGCCUAUACGGAGGAGAAGACGCGUGCCCUUGUGCGCAGGCCAGCAAUCUUCAGCCUGGAAGAGGUUGGGGGCAGUGGCGAGGGCCCGGGCAGUGCGCCGCAGCCGGAUAGCCCCGAGCAGAGCAAACUGGGCCUGUGGCAGCAGUUUGCCACCCUGGUGACCCCCUCGGUCCAGAGGGUGGUUGAAUUUGCCAAGCGGGUGCCAGGAUUCCUUGAUCUCGUCCAAGAUGACCAGCUCAUUCUCAUCAAGGCCGGCUUCUUUGAAGUGUGGCUGGUGCAUGUAUCUCGCGGAGUGCUGGUUGGUCUCCCGCACGACACGCUCACCUUCAGUGAUGGCACCUACCUCAUUCGGCAGCAGCUCGAGCUUAUGUUUGAUCACGACUUUGUAUCAGCAAUGUUCAACUUCUUUGUGGCGUUCAACAACCUUCAGCUGAAUGACACGGAGAUCGGCCUCUUCUCAGCCGUUGUGCUACUCACAAAUGAGCGCAGCGGGCUGUACGACAGCAAGGCCAUUGACAUGGGCCAGAGUCGGCUAUGCGAGGCGCUGCGGCUGCAGGCGGGCCGCAACCACCCGGGGGACCCGGGGCUUCCAGGGCGGGCGUUGGCCUUGCUGGGGCCCCUGCGUGCCCUGGGGCUGGCACAUGCCCGGCACCUGGCUUGGCUGCGCCCGCACUGGCAUGCCUUGCGCCUGCCCCCACUCUUUGCGGAGAUCUUUGACAUCCCCGCUGCACAGCCGCAGACGCCACAGCAGCAGCAGCCACAGCAACAGCAGGCAACAGAGGACUCUGCUGUGGCAGGGACAGCUGCUUCUUGAAGGCUGCUCUCAGGUAGCCCAUCUCAACAGAACCGUCAGUCCUCACCAAUGUCUUGAGUGGUGUGGAUCCAGACAGAUCCCGUGAAGCAUCGGCAGACUCCUGCGAGAAUCUCAUUGUGGGACCUUUUCUGUCCAUCAUCAGUAAUUUAUUUCUUCAUGUCGUGGCCACGGCACAAACGACAAGCCCGCAACCUUUUUGCGCCGCCUCGAACUGUGCUGUCCUGAGGACCCUCCUGGAACGAUCACCUUUCAUGGACGUCUCAUAGGCAUUCCUGUUCUGGGGCAGACCACAUGGGUGUGAUGGCAUGGAAACGCUAUGCUAUAGCUGUUUGGGAUAUUUAGAUAGGCGAAAACGCGAGGCAAAGUCUGUGUAAACAACCUUGGUGAGGAAGUUUUACUAAACAUGUCUUGGGUAUAGGGAGUCCUAUGAUGCCAGCUCCUACAAUUGAGUGUUAACCCAUAACCACACAGGACGCCACGCAUGAGAAGAAUGAACAUGCUCAUCUUGAUGCAAGUGUUCAAUUAGGUUGGAACAUGACAGUCCCGGUUGUACAGAGCUUGCCCAAGGUUCAAAGAUUACCAAGUCCACUGCAGCAUUUAACAGGAAAGCUUGAAAAUGGCCUACUUGGUGCAUGAUCAUUCUAGGUUUCACUGUAAAAUGCGCGAUAUAGCUACACUCAGUCAGCAAGAACAACUCCGGUGAAAACAGACAGGCUGUUCUUGUUAAGUAGAGUUUUACAAAUGGCUUGCCUUCAUUUUAGUGUCCUAGUUGGGUGCAUUCAUUGACGUCUGCGUGUGAGAAAGCGUAGUAUCAGCCCAAGGUGUGUACUUGAAAUAUAAAAAAGCAAGGUGAUUUGGUGUGCGUUCAAACUGUGCUUGUAAUGUAUAUAGUGUACAAUGUUUUAGGCAGCAUCAGCUCUCCAUAUUAUUUGACUGUCCAUAGCAUGGCUCCACCAUCGUCCAUUAAUUUACGUAUCUUGUCAUGCAAAAUGUACUAGGUUAUGUUUAAUUAGAGCGCCAAAUAGGCCUGCGUGGUCAGUACUGGGAAGUUUUCAAGUAAGUUUUCUUUAUAGUUGCCAACAAAUUCUUUUAUGCUCUUUUCUAAAAUAUUUCGGAACCAAUUAUUGGGGUGAAAAGGCACAUAGGGUAAAUAUGGUUAUCAUUCAUUGUGAAUUGCUAUUUUCACUUCAAAAUUUGAUCAAGGCCGGCCGUAAAUUGCCAUAUUGGCAGGAGAUAAUGCGUCUUUGGCAUAUCUAGCACCAACAAGAUUAGUAUGGCAGCCAUAUGUAUAGGGUGUGUUUGUGCAGGCCAGCCAAGUUCAAAUUAUCUGGCGAGGGACAAUUUCAGGAUCAAAUUAACAAACGUUUCGGCCCACAGAAAUGUACAAGUACCAGACAGGGCUUUUGGGUGAGAUCAAAUUAACCGAAAAAUUGCAGUUUUGCCCAUAUUACAAAACAGUUAAUUUGACAGCUGGCACAAUAUUAUGCAUAGAAAGUCUUGCACCGGUUUGUCUGGCACCGGUUGGAGUAAGCAUUUGCAGAUAUGCACAUUGAUUUAGCUGACAGAGUGAAUUGUGAUAAAAUUAUUUUUCCACCAAUUAGUUUUUCUAGACUGCUCGGUUUUUCAGCAAUCUGAGAUUCCCACUGUGUCUAAAAAUAAAUUGGUCAGUGUCCGUAGUACUUGGCAAAAGAUUAUCUGGUAGCUCUUGUAGCGUCGCAGAUAAGUCUGUCAUGUGUAUUUUUAUGUAGCUGUAAUAGGUUAAGCUGGUGUUGUGUGUAUGGAAUACCAGGAGUGACUGAUGGCAUCUGUAAAAUAGGGUAUACACGUUCAUGAACAUUCAUGUUUUACCUUCUGAGCCUCCUCCUUUCUUUUAUAUAAUUUGCCUUAAUGUUCCAUGGUUGCAUUCAAGCUGGACCAUAAGUGAACAAAACAGAUCACCAUCUACUCCCGAUAUGUGCAUCAGUUCACCACCAGCAUUACCUGCACAUCUUGCGCUUGUCUCUCUCCUUAGAACCUAUGCAUGACGUCAUUUUCUAUACAUCAUGGUCAUUGAAGCACGUCAGGAACAUCAUUUAGGCAGCAGUGGGGUCGUCAGUCUUAUUAUGAACCUGUUCCACUUCACUGCCAAUAAAUCUUCGAAAGGCCUUUAUCAGGUUCAGCUGAUGGCGAGGCAAUUCUCUGUUUGCCGUAAAAACUGUUAGGAAUGUGGCGAUGUUACUCUGAUGCAAAAAGAGAAGAGCAUUUCAAAUAGGUGGCGAGUGUAACAGUUACAUUGUGAAUCGCACCUGCAACAUCGCAGUUGUAAAUGUCAUGUACGAAUAACUUUUUCAUAGUUUUAGAAACCCGUGUGCAAGCUUGCAAAGUUUGAGAAAGAGAGAGGCGACUUUACUAUCUACGCUCAGAAUAUUUAUACAACAAAGCACUAUGAGACAGGUCACAAGCAUAAUCACUAUGCCGAACACAGCCAUUAAAAACGAAAAAAUAUAUUGUCAUUUUAUUUUUAUUUUGUUUUCAAAGUAAGCAGAUGCACAGGAGUGUACAUUAUUGUGCAAAUGCUUUUCUGUAUACCUGUGCGCACAAGGCGGUAGUUCCUUCUUAAAAGGUGCUUGCUUUACCCCCUUUUUCCCCGAGUGGUGCUUUCUCUCGUCUUUUCUUCCAUCCGUCUGCCCCAGAACAGGAUGCUAGUGCUUAACGCAUCAUGGUGUGCCAGUGCUCAGACUACUGCUGUGUUCUCCAGAGUAUCCAGUGUCGCUGCUGAACAUGCAUUUUCGGAGGCAGCCGCAGUACGGAGCAGAGCACCACCACCUUUUGAAUUGUGCAGUGGAGGCCACCCAUUUUGCCAUGCACGCACAUGCAAAUGUGAUUCUUGCUUGGAACACCUAUCGGCUGCCUUUUCUUGAGCUCUGCGAGUGAGUGUGGCACUCAACAGGGCAACCACAUCUGCUGCCACUGUCCCUCCAGGACCUGGGCUCAAGUAAUGGUGGCGGUGGAGGCUGGCGACAUCUUCGAAAACUAUGACGAUGACGUCCUCCCUGAUUUGGUGUCCUGUGGAGACUUGCCCCAUUUGUUGAUCAGUGUGUGUGUGUGUGUGUUGCGUGCGUGAAGUUGUCGUUCACUGCCAAGGUCUUGCCCAGCCUUCAUUCUAAUGCAUACUACAGUUGCUCACUGUUCUUGUGGUUCACUGUUACCCGAGCCAGAUUGAUCGCAACCAUUUUUGCCCUCUUGAACUCAUCGUCGUAAUCUGCUUUAGAUUGUUGAUUGGCAACACAAGUCAGGGUGCAAGAUGCUAACUGCCCAACACUUGUAGCUUUGGCACAAAGCCUGGGAACAGUGGGUUGGCUUGUACACUGAGGUGUACACCCUUGUGUUUUAACAAUGCCACGCAAACAUUGGCCAGCAAGUAAGUCGGUGCAUAGCAGAACAGCAGAAUUGAUCAGCCUUGUCACUGUAGAAAUUCUUGUCUUUCAAUUUGUAUGACUUCUCGUCCAUUGGCCCCAAGUAGCCAACUCUAACGAUAAUGGCUGUUAGGCAGCAUGCAGGCCCUGGAGAAUGACAGAAGGAAUGACAUUGGAGUUGCUUCUAGACGUGGCGCCAGGGCAACCUAUAUGUGCAAGAAUGUAGCUGCUUUUAUAAACAUUCAUUAACUUUCUGAAACUAUGCUGGCAAAAUGGUCAACGUUUGGCAUUUCAUGCCAUUUGGAUGUGGUGCCUGCAUCGAGCCACUAUUCUUUUUCCUUAUUUGCAUGAAGUACACUGAUAAAAAGGGGAAAAAAAUAACAAUUAAUUUAGAACAGAACAAACCAUGAACAAGAAAAAUGAGUUAGAUUGGUUAGUUAUGUUGCACCUGUAACAGCAUUACAGUUGUGCAUAAAAGACACAGACACAAGAAAGAAUGAUGUCCCAUCAUUCUUUCUUGUGUCCGUGUUCUUUAUGCGCAACACUGUGCAUACUUACAGCGCAAGAAGUUUGCUGCACAUAAUUGCACGAAGUUCAUUGCAGCUCAUCCUUGCAGAGUGGCUUGCUAGGUGAUGCUUUUGCCACCCAAGAUUUGCGAGUAUGCAGUGACUUGGCCACCUUUAAACAGCACUACCAUGCCGACUUGCUUAGCUAUCAAUGCUCAAGCAACGUUGUUAAAAGGAUUUGAAAUAUGUACACCAAUACUAGUGUGCAAGCUACCCUCUGUGAAAGUGUGAACUCAUUAUAUGCACUAUCCACCAAUGUUCACUUUGCCAGCCGCAGUUUGUUUUGCGUGGCACCACGUAUGCAUGGGCAGCUAAGAGUUGUGGUUGUUGGUGGCGCAACAUUCCAGUGGCUUAAAUAAUUUGUCAAUUACAGUACUGCCAGACGAAUUUGUGGCCUUAUUUUCCGCAUGAGCUUUUGCGUACUUGGAGCUACAGCACUUUUUCAUCCAUGACAAUGUAGCUUUGGUCCUCCUCUUUGUUUUCAUGAAUUGUUAGUACCCGAGUGCAGUUCACCCGGUGCUUAUAGGAGUACUUCAUAUGCCUGCAGAAGAAAGCAUGGCAUUUCCCCUAGAGUUCUUGCGUUCCUUUUGUUCUGUCAUGGAGUUUAUGUGUAAAUGCUCAAGUUACUACAAGCCUUUGUAGCUGCUUGAUAUGCCACAGUCACUGGCAGUAACCAUUUUCUAUAUUCAUGCUGGUAUAUGUGUAUUAGAUACGAGGAUAUAGUCUUUUGACAGAGCAGUGAAAGUGAUUUUAUAGAAGCUGUUUUGAAGUUGCUGUUUGAAUGUGUUGGUGGCAAGUGUGGAGGCAGUCAUGCCAUACAAGAUUGAUAACAUCUACAUUAAGGUUGUUGGGCGGGCAUUGGUUUUUCACUCACAAAUCAGCCUUUGCACACAUUGCUAUGUAAUCAUGCAAUCCACAUAACAAUCAAAAUUAAAAAGUUCCUUUUUUUCCCCUCUUUUGUAGUCCAUAGACAGUUCGGUGGUCGGCUUCCCUAAACACAGUCUUGUACAUUACGAGAUAUCCCUGUGAAUCAAACUUUAUACACUUGAGGUAAAGUAAAAGCAGAUUUUUUUGUUCAUAGCAGAAUUCUGCACUUCGUAUUGCACUAGUUGUACAGAGCCUAAAAAGCAAAUGUUGAUUGCCCACUGGGAAUGUGCUUUUGCAACAUGCUUUUGCAACAUGCUUCAGAUGCACCCAUUGGAAGCUUAAUGCAUAAGAGUAUGUUGUCCUGUCGUUAACUUUCCCUUGUGCGGCUCCCUUGUGCAGUAGUUUUGUACAUUUGUAGUGUUUUACACUUCAGCUAGGGCAGGUUUUAUGCUGUAAAAAAAAAGGAAAAAAAAAGUGUUGUAAGCGACAGCUUUUAGGAUACAAUUGUUUUAUCUCUUUCUUUGAACCUUCUGCAUACUGUACCGCAGACAAAUCCGACUUCUUGUAUGCGGAGACCAUCUUGCAAAGCUGUAGGUAGCUGUUGUUUGUCACCUUGAGUGUGUCGCUGUAAUUUUCAAGGGUCUGUACCUGUUUCGUCCAGAGGCGUGAUUGUUGGUCGAGAGCCCUUCCAACGUGUUAGAGCACUGUUAAUACUUGAAUGUUUGUUCUUUAUAUUAAAAAACAAAAACAGACUUGCCCAUAUUGUGGAGGCAAGUGGUGCAGGUGAUGUGUUAUACAUGAGCAGUCAAGUGAGCAGUAUGUCUUGCACGUCUCAUAACUAUUGCAAGUGUACUUGUUGUUCUGUGUAUAGUUUAGGGCUUUUAUUUCCCCCCCCUCCCCCCCCCCUACUUGGCCCACAGUUCUUUUCUCCGUGUUGAGAAGGCGUCCCAACACAGCUCAGGUGAAAUCUGCACCAAUGCAAAGCAUUGAAUCUCGUUCAGGCAGCUCGUUCAGGCAAAGAAUCUCGUUCAGGCAGCUCGGAAGGAAAGUGAUUGGCAGCACAAGGCAUGCUCAGUGCAGACUUCACAAAAGAGGAAAUGCAAAUAAGAUGCAAGAGGAAUAGAUAUAUGCUCGGCGCUUGGCUGCGGCACAAGUGCUCCAUUACUGCAAGGACUGGCCGGUUCAUCAGUUACAACCGAUUUCCCGCAUGUCACUUGCAGCUAAUUGUACACAUUAUUAUAGGUGCCUGUAAAGAACCCCAAAAUUGUCAAAAUCAUUUUAAAAUCUACUGCACCAUCUCUCAUAACCCAAGUGUUCCUUUCGGUCAAUUCUUUUAAGCAGUUAGUCACUGCAGUAAACUUGCAGAUAUGCUCGCAUGAAAAUGGCUUUCAAAAUGUACAUCCACAGGUCAGCUUUUUGCAAACCUCACCACCGGUUCGGUGUCAAAGAGGCAAGUCAACUUUAACGCAUCUCGCAGAGAGCAGGUUGUCUCAAGUCUAUAAAAUUUUGUUAAUUCAAGGUAUGCCUGGGCCAUAGUAAUAAUACUUGAUGUGAAUGGAACAGGCUGCUGCUCUAUGCAGAUGCUGAGCAUGCUGUAUUGCUUGUGCCUUGUCUCAAGUUUAUCCUUCACCAAGCCAAUGCCUGUGGUACUACUGCGGUGCCACUCCUCUGCUUAGUUGUUCUUGAUCAAGAGGACAAGUCCCAGCUGGUGAUCAUGCUCACAUUCCUUUGACCCAUCUAAAAAGCUUCACACAGUCUGUAAAAUAAAUUGUAUGUAGAACUUGCUUAGUCUAUUCAGUAUCAGCUUGUGCUUGCUUUGCAGCGCAAUGGUGUUCCAAGGCAGCCAUCUGUUGAUUGGCAUAUCGACGUUUUUUUUUAAAUUUCGGGUUGCUCUAGUGGCAGCUGAGUCACCAUAUCUCGUCCUUCUUGGCCAGUGGCAGUUAUGCAAGCUGCUGGCCGAUGGGGCUCUAUUAAGAUGCACAUGACUGGCACAUUUUUCGUGUCUGCGCAGUGUAUUUCAAACUUUAUUUUUCUUCUUUAGUUUGUUCUACACCCCAACCGGUGAGUAUGCACCAGUGAGGAGACAUACAGUGGCACAACCCAAAAUAUUAUCACUGCCAGAAUCAUUGUACUGGGAAUGUGGCACAAUACAUUUUGCUCACCUCCUCGUCUUUGUUUUCAUUGUGGAAACAGUGUCAACAGGUUCUCUGUACUAGUUGUUACAAAAUAAAGGAAUGUCUAUUCAACCCUGUC